AUGAAACAAGCAAAGCAACUUCUGUGUUUCUUCUCUCUUCCUUUGCCAAAAUUUCUUGUAUGCAGAAUAAUCAGUGAUUUAUAUGGAAACGGAUCACAGUUUCCAGACCUAAGCAACAUGACAGACAUGGAGAAUUUCUUUGUGUGCAUUUUGUCUACACUUGUUUUCUCUGAAGUAUCUGGCAUUCAAACACAAACUGGAACACUUCUUCAAAAUGAACAAAAGAUUGAGUUUGAUGUAGUGGACAUAUCAUGGUGAGUUCGGGUCUCAAGUGUUCAGAAAAAAAUAUUAAAGAGAUUUGAUAUGUGAUUUUAAAAAAACAUCGGUCAUAUUUGUGUAAAUUCUACUGUUUUAUAGCCAUUAGCAACGUUGUAAAAACUGUUAGAAACAGG